CCCUCCCUCCUUCAUUCCCUCCUCAGCACCCUUCUUUCAGCUGCUCUGCGGCAUUACCUACAGGACAAACUGUGGCUAAACUCCUAACCACUAGACUGUCGGCUUUGUCUGGUAUAUGAAAAAUGCCCAGUGUCACUGUGAAAGAUGUCAACCAACAGGAGUUUGUCAGAGCUUUGUCUGCUUUCCUUAAGAAGUCUGGCAAACUGAAGGUCCCAGAAUGGGUUGACACUGUAAAGCUUGCCAGGCACAAAGAGCUGGCUCCUUGUGAUGACAACUGGUUUUACACCAGAGCAGGUUGGUGUCACUGGAGGUGUUUCAUCAGUUCAUCUGUUCAUCCUCAGCAGCUGGCAGAAAUCGGCAGAAAAUUAACACUGGAAUUACUUUUUGAAAUUUUGAAAGCGUCCACGGCACGUCACCUGUACCUGCGAGGAGGAGUGGGCGUGGGCUCCAUGAUCAAGAUCUACGGUGGGCGUCAGAGGAACGGAGUGUGCCCCGCCCACUUCAGCGUGGGCUCCAGGAAUGUGGCAAGGAAAGUCCUCCAGGCUCUGGAGGGCCUCAAGAUGGUGGAGAAGGACCCCAGUGGUGGACGGAGACUUACAUCUCAGGGCCAGAGAGAUCUGGACAGGAUCGCAGGUCAGCACAUGCAACUGCAUGACUACCCCCUCCUGCUAUCCUCUGUCUUCUUCUCUGCAUGUUAAGGUUGCUGCGGCAAACAAGAAACAGCGGAGUUUACAAAUCGCCAUCUGAGGAGAGAAUGCAAAGAAUCCAGAGCAAAAUUAAUGCAGUUAUGCCUCACACUUAUUUACUGCACCCUUAUCACUGUGGUGCCCCACAUUAAUCAAGUACAAGAGGCAUUUCACAAAGAAGCAUGUAUCUAUACUACAGUGAUUACAUUAAUUUAUUAUGAAUGUCAAGAUAGCAGUGGCCUUGAGACAGAAAAACUCAAUGGGCUCAUGAACAUUUUAAUGUUGUCUCUGCAUGAAUGUAAAAAAAACACACAACAAAAACAGUUUAAAUGGAUGCUAAUGUAUAUUUUAUUAAUUCAUCCAGUUUUGUGUUGAUUACAGAGUAUUAUGCCCAAACAAUCUGUUUGUGAGAUGCACAGUACACGGAUGACAAAAUAAUACACAAGGAGUUCUAAAUAAACUGUCGGCUCAUGUGUGAA